AAGUCGUAAAGUCAUGUCACUAUGUCUUCUGUCAAAUGGCUGUCAAUGUGCCAAUUUUCUUUAACGUAGCUUUGUGAAAUUAAAAACCUUCCGCUAAUAUUUCUUCUAAGAUUGUUGUGAGUAGGACAUUGCAAAGUUGAAAUAUGUGGGCAGACACUUUACUUAUUGUUUUUAUAUCAAUAUGUACCGCUUUGUUGGGUGAGGGUUUAACUUGGUUAAUGGUUUAUCGAACUGAAAAAUAUCAGAAAUUAAAAACAGAAGUAGAGCGACAAAGCAAAAGACUUGAAAAACGUAAAGAAGCUCACGGGGAUUCUCUCGAUAAACAACACAAAAAGAAAAUUGAGAGAGAAGAAGAACGUUUGAAAAACAAUAACCGUGAUCUAUCAUUAGUAAAAAUGAAAUCAAUGUUUGCCAUUGGUUUUGCUUUUACUGCUUUACUUAGUAUGUUUAAUAGCAUAUUUGACGGAAGAGUUGUAGCAAGAUUACCAUUUUUGCCAUUAACGUGGAUACAAGGUUUAAGCCAUCGUAAUCUGCCGGGUGAUGAUUAUUAUGAUUGUUCUUUUAUAUUUUUGUAUAUAUUGUGUACAAUGUCAAUUAGACAAAAUAUUCAAAAACUGUUAGGCUUUGCACCUUCUAGAGCAGCAUCAAAGCAAGGAAACAGUAUAUUUGGACCUGCACCUGGACAAUUUAAGUAACUCAUUUUCCAGAUGCUCAGUGAAGAGAUAUUCAACAUUUAGGAAUAAUUUAUUGUUAACGUGUGUAUAAAUAAAUAAUUACAACAAUA